AUGGAAAAUGGUCAGGCAAGACUAUACAAGGAAAAAUUAUUUGGGAAUGUUAAGGGUACAAAUUCAGUUAGAGAAUGGUUAGGCAAGUUAGUUAAGAUUCAAACUGUUUCAGUUAGAAUUAGUUGGCUUUAUUCAAUCAUGUAUAAGAAAGUUAAUAUGGUAUCAAAGCUUGAUUUUCUGCCAUUAAUGGAAAAUGCUGUUACUGGUGAUGUUCUUUCUCCAAUGUAUCAUGUUCAAGUAAUUUUUAAGGGCCUUCCUAGUGAAUAUGACACCUUUGUCAUAUCCACAAAUACAAGACUUGAACAGUACUCUAUUACUGAAAUUGAAGCACUCCUGCUAGCAUCUGAAUCUCAGAUUGAAAAGAUUCAUCAUGAAAUUGAUCUGAGUGCUCAUGUAGCUGUGAUGGAACCAGAUCCAACACUAGAAGAAAAUCUUGCUAACUUUGGUCGUGGUUGCUAUAGACAACCGUUUGACAAGAAUUUUCCAGCUACAUCAUCUCCCACUGGGAACACGAAUUCAACACUAACUCAUGCUAAUUUCUUGACUUCCUCCAAUGAGUGGGACAUGAGAUGGUAUCCAGACACCUGUGCAACUAAUCAUUUCACUUCAGAUGCUGCCAAUCUUGCUCAAAGCUCAAAGUAUUUUGGACAAGAGCAACUAUUUUUCCGUGAUGGCUCAAUUGAUGCUGGAAACAACAACUAUAUUGUUUCCUUAUCAAAGGCUAACUAUGUUCCGAAUGGAAUUGAUUUCGGUUCACCAAGUGGUAGAUACACAAAUGGAAGAACAUACAUUGACAUUAUAGGUCAAGAAUUGGGUUUCAAGCAUUUUUCUCCACCUUACUUAGCUCCCACAACUUCUGGACCAAUAAUUCUUGAUGGUGUAAAUUACGCUUCUGGUGGAAGUGGAAUACUUAAUGAAACUGGAAUAAUAUUUGGAGGAAGAAUAAAUUUUGAUGCACAGAUUGAUAACUUUGCAAAUACAAAGCAAGACAUUAUCUCCCAAAUUGGUCUUCCAGCUACCAUGAAAUUGUUUGAAAAAUCUCUCUUCUCAAUUACAAUUGGGGCAAAUGACCUCAAUAGUUACGUGGCACCACGUCCCUCUUUUUCGAAACAGAAGUUGGUGUCUCCAGACAAGUUUGUGGGAUCUAUGAUUUCAAAAUUGAGUCAACAACUUAAUAGACUAUACAACUUGGGAGCUAGGAAGAUUGUGAUGGCUAAUGUGGGACCUAUUGGGUGCAUGCCAUUGGAGAGAGAUAUUAAUCCCAAAGUAAGAGAUAAUUGUGUAGCAUUCCCUAAUGAGCUAGCUCAGUCAUUCAAUGCCCAAUUGAGAAGCCUUGUUGCAAAGCUCAAUCUCAAUCUCAAAGGGUCAAAGUUUGUGUAUGGGGAUACUUACCAUGCUCUAGAAGAUAUCCUUGACAACUACAUAAAAUAUGGUUUUGAAUAUCGAAACUCUUCUUGCUGCUACCUUCCCGGAACGUUAGGAGAUAUAAUUUCAUGUGUUCCUCUAUCAAAAGUGUGUUUGGACAGAUCCAAAUAUGUGUUUUGGGAUAAAUUUCAUCCUUCUGAGGCUUCUAAUGUCAUCUUAGCAAACCAUUAUCUUGAUGGUGACACUACUUUUGUUUCACCAAUGAAUGUUAGACAACUCUUCUCAUCAUAAUUCUUAAACCAACCACAAAAGGGUCACAAGAAUUUUAUAAUAAUAAUAUAAUAAAUAAUAACCUUCUCCCAUUAUCAUAAUAAUUUAUAAAUAAUAUAUAUAAUAAUCACAAAAGGUCGUUAUUAUUUUUUUACCUUCUCCCAUUAAAAAAAAAUAAAGACAAUGUAUAUGUAAUCAUUUGAUGGUAAUGAAGCUGAACAAUAUUCCUAUGAAUCUAUCUUUCAAUUUAUUUACAGCACAAACUUAAGGAAGUGAUGUGGGGUCCUUUAUCAAUUUCUUCUACUAUUAUCUUUUUCUAUUAAAUUUUUAAUCUUUUUAUUAUUUAUUAUUAAUGUAGCAUU